UGCUCCAAGUUCCAGAGCCUUCCACCUUUCUUUGGAAACAGCCUCAAAUCCGAUCCGGGUUUGAUAAUCGUUAUGUUCGAGACCAUGAGCAUGGCUUUGCUGGGUUGUCAUGCUAUUCCAACACGAAUCAAGAUCCUUUUGGAUCGGAUUUGGUCAUCUAGUCGUCUUCAAGUAGAUUUAACUCAGUUCCUCCUCUCUUUUGGUUGGACCCUUCAAGAUUACACACGCGGAUAUAUGUUGACCGAUCACAAGGGUCAACUGCGUGAUCGAUGGGUAAGUUGCCGUGUAGAAGAGGAGGCUCUCAUAAUUCAACAGUUUCUGCGCUUCCUUGAGACUCGCCACCUUGCCCACGAUAUGCUUGCCAGUCUGGAAGCCGAGAAGUCGGCAAUUUCAACUGAACCCAGCACUCUACCCACGGCAGACUAUCUUCUUGGCCCUCUGCCACAGAGCAUCGCCACGCAGCAGGAAGCAACAAAGAAAGAGGAGGCGGACGCGACAACAAUUCCCCCUUUCUCUUCUCCAAGUUUAGCUUCCGAAUUAAGUACUCGUUUCGUUGCGGCGAUGGCGGCAGCAGCGCUGACUUCCAAAGUGUCCUUCCCAAAAUUACCCGUCAUGUCCCUGCCCUUACCACCUUUGCCAUCCCCUGGGUGGUGUGGUAAGAGUGAGGGUGGACCACAAAUUUCGGGAGAAAUCGGGACGAUUCCGGAGCUGACAUUUCCUCCACCUGCGGCUCCACCACCGCCACCCACGCUACCAGCGUUCGCGGCUACAGCGAUGGAUGCCACUGACAUUGCUGGCGGCGCCUUUAAAGUCAAUGAGAGGAAGAAGUCGCUUACAGGCCUCUUUGACAUAUGGAACACACCAUUUGCCGGCUUAUCGGACAUCAAAACGACGCAUGCAGAUCGCAAGACGGAGGUAAUAUCGGGUCUUGAAUAUGCAGCUGACUUCUCUAACACGUCCACCACUCCCACCUCUACUACUAGCAUAGGAGGCAAACAGCAAAGGUCUACCCGCCCAACGUCAAACAGGAAGGCACCAGCUUCGGAGAACAAGCGACAACACAACAACGGGAGUCAUUUUGUUUUUGGCGAGUGCAAACAGGAUACAAAACAAGCAACAAAUGGGGCUUCGGUAGUGCCAACGCCAGCAGCAGCAGCUUUAAUUUUGACUGGACGAAACAAGAAACGCGUUCUUUGCACUACCUGCAAAAAGUCAUUCUGUGACAAGGGAGCACUGAAAAUCCACUAUAGUGCAGUACACUUGAGAGAGAUGCACAAAUGCACCAUCAAGGGCUGCAACAUGUGGUUCAGCUCAAGGCGAAGUCGAAACAGGCAUUCCGCCAAUCCAAAUCCUCGACUCCACAUGACGCAUUCAGGGAAGAAGUUGCCGGACAAUGCCACUAUCGUGGAUGAUGGAAGUGGGCAAGGAGUAUUCCAACGCAGUCAAAUGCCAAGUACAGUGCUAAAUCCACCUAUUCUCUCAUCUUUCAUAAAGAAUAGCCCUGUGUCGGCAACGACAAUAACAACGUCAGCUAGUACGCCUACAGCACCAACGUCCCCCUCCAGCACCCCAUUGAACCUCUCUGACCCCUCACUUCACCUUCCGGCAGAGGCGUGCCAGAUUCCCGAAGUCUCGCGUCGGCAGACCUCUGUGUCUAGUGACGAGGGGGGUGAUGAAGGCAUCUAUAUCUCCGAGAGAGGAGAAAUGGAGGAUGAGGAGGAAGGGGAUGGUGAAGAUGCGUCGGAGGGUGAAUCGAUGGCGGUUGGUCACGCUAAUCAUCGCUCACCAGCCACCGAAUUUUCUGCUUCCAAUCUUGCCCAGUCAUCACCCUCACCUCCCUCCUCCCUCCAUUUUGGGGGUUCACCGCAGCGGAGUGAGGAGAGCAAACCAACUGGUGGUGUACUAAUGGCAUAG